AUGAGUGUGAAAUCAGUAUUAAGUAAUUUUAACAGUUGUUUUUUGUUAUGCGGUAUUGGUAGUAUAAACUACAACCAGGGUAGUCUUAAAGCAACGGCGAUGCUUUAUGUCUGGAGAUAUUUUAUAAUUUGUAUUAGCUUUGUAGUAAUAUACGACGUCAACAAAUGGGUAACAUAUGAGGAUUCAGAAAUGAUGGAAAUAACGUCAAUUAUAAUGCUCGGCUGUUACGAAUUAACAUUGAUUGGAAAAUGUAUAUCUAUUAUUUGUCGAAUAUUUUUUGAUAAGCAACUAUUUAUGAUAUUAACUAAACUUGAAAAGAUUCACUACAAGUUGGUACAACUUAAAAUGGUUCAAUGGUUAAUCGUAAAUGUAUGCGAGUGUGUUUCAUUUUGUGAAUACGUACUACUAAUAUUGUCUAUUAAGUGGUUAGUGAACAAGAUAAACGAUCAAAUCUUGGAAAGAUAUUCAACAAUAAGCACACUCAGAGAUUUGUAUUUGGAAGUUAUAGAAUGCUUAGACGAUAUAAAUGGAUCAAUAUAUGGUUUGUCGGGCAUGGUUGGCCUUAUAGGGGCAAAUAUGGUUCAAAUUAUUGGCAUACUGUACCGUAAUAUAAUUUUCAUGGAAAAUUAUAUUAAUGAUGAUUUUUUUGCAUAUGCCUUUAUAAUAUUAUCAUCAAAAAUAUUCAAUGUUACACUUUUAUACGUGAUUGGACAUAUCACGGAAAUAGAGAUUAAUCGGAUGAGUCUUGUAUUACAUCAACGGUCCACGAUAGAAAGAAAUCCUAGAAUAAAACGGCAGAUCAAGUUUUUUAUGCUACGAAGAUUGCAUGAACACUAUCGUUUUGAGCUGUAUGGAAUAUGUCAAAUUAAUUUAAGGCAAUUACUUAUUUUAUCAAACAAAGUAUGUGCUUACUUAAUUAUUCAAAUUCUAUUCAAAUUGAAUAAAAACAAAAUAGUUGACCAAAAUUAA